ACUCGCUGUCAAAUCAAGCUAGUGACCACAUCAGCUUGGAAGCGUCCGCCGGCUCAGAGACUGCUGGCUCAUCUAUCGUUAGCUUUUGUUACAAUUCGAUACGGUUUUAUCGAUAACUUACACGUUUUGAGAACUGUUAUCAUAUUCUGUCGUGAUUUGUUGAUCUCAUCUUUGCUUCCCGCUGACAAUGGCUGAUCCUAAAUACGCAAACUUGCCUGGAAUUGCCUUUAACGAACCGGACGUGUACGAGACCGGUGACCUUCCAGAAGAUGACCAGGCUCAGUUUGAGUCGUUUGUACAAGAGCUGGAGGAGCUCUGCAGUGACAGCGUAGAGAGGAUUGUGGUCAACCCCAACGCAGCCUAUGACAAGUUCAAAGACAAGCACGUCAGCUCUAAGGGACUUGACUUCUCAGACAGAAUCAGUAAAAGCAGACGAGUGGGCUAUGAGUCAGGAGAAUUUGAAAUUCUUGGAGAAGGCUGUGGAGUGAAGGAGACGCCACAGCAGAAGUACCAGCGCCUGGUGAACGAGAUCCAGGAACUCACCCAGGAGGUGGAUGCCAUCCAGGCUGCUACAAAGGAAACCAAUGCAGAGGAGCGCCUGACCCCCGUGGUACUUGCCCAGCAUGCAGCCCAGCUCAAACAGCAGCUGGUUUCUGCCCAUCUCGACUCACUGCUGGGACCACAGGCACACAUCAACCUGGCCGAUCCAGAUGGAGCGCUGGCGAGGCGUCUGCUCACCCAGCUGGAGGCGGCCAAGGGCAGCCGUGUCUGCUCUGCAGGAGACAGCAAGCCGACGGCAUCAGCCAAGGGCCCAGAUGGAGUGGUACUCUAUGAGCUACACAGCAGACCAGAGCAGGAAAAAUUCAACGAGUCUGCCAAGAUGGCGGAAUUGGAGAAGCGUCUAGCUGAGCUGGAGAUUGCUGUUGGCUCAGGAUCAGACAAGCAGGGACCUCUGAGCACUGGCGUACAAGGAGCUAGUUUGAUGGACACCAUAGAGCUCCUGCAGGCAAGGGUCAGCGCGCUGGAUUCUGCUACUCUGGAUCAAGUGGAGGCAAGACUGCAGAGUGUCCUUGGCAAGAUGAAUGAGAUUGCAAAACACAAGGCAGCGAUUGAGGAUGCUGAUACACAAAACAAGGUGUCGCAGCUCUAUGACGUGGUGCAGAAGUGGGAUGCCGUGUCCACUUCUAUACCUCAGGUGGUGCAGAGGCUUGUUGCUGUUAAGGAGCUGCAUGAGCAAGCCAUGCAGUUUGGCCAGCUGCUGACCCACCUGGACACCACUCAGCAGAUGAUCAACAACUCUCUGAAGGACAAUAACACCCUGCUAACACAGGUCCAGCAGACAAUGAAGGAAAACCUGGUGGCUAUAGAGGAGAACUUCGCUGCACUAGACCAGCGGAUGAAGAAGCUCUCCAAAUAAACGAUGGCAGAGUUUGGGCCGGUCCAGGAGAGUGAAGAACAUGGACAAAUAAGCGUUGGCUAGAGAGCACAGAGAGGGGAUUGGGAUUUAAGGCUUUCCUUUCUGGCUGUCCCCCUCUCUUGCUCUCUACUCCUGCCUCUGCCUUUUUUCACAAAGUGGAAUGUUAGAAAGUUGGAAAAGACGGAAUGACAGAAAAAAAAAAAAAAG